AUGGAGAGGGCACAAGAAAAUCGCGAGAAGAAUAUCACGGAAAUCAUACGUCGCGCAAAGGACGAUGAACAAAAGGUCUUGGAAGUACAAUUCAUCAACUCUUUGCAAGGUGGAAACAUGCUGUUGGAUUUGCGGCUGAGGGACGCGGGAGUCGAAGAGCGCAAGCAAACUCUAGCGGAAGAAAGAGCUAAGAGAAUGGAAGAGAAAGCGGCAAAAGAACACGCUGCUGAGGAAAGGCGAAAACAGGCAGAAAUGGAGCGAAUUGCUCGCUUGCAAGAGCUUGCCGAGCGAAAAGAGGCACGUCAUGCUCAAAUUGCUGCUCAAAAAAAUGAACAGGAAAGACUGCGCAAUGAAAGACGCAAACAGCAGCAGGAGAAAUUGAGCGAGCUACGUUUGGCCGAUGCCGAAGAAAAUGAGUCUCUCAGGAAACGCAUUCAGGAAAAGAUUGAGUCGUCAUCCCGUCGUCAUGAGCAGACCUUAGAGGAAGUGCGGGUGCGUGCACAAGAAUUUUCGUCUCCACGACCUCCAUCUGGUUGUCGGUGGAUGUGGUCGUUUGUUGAUUGCUGUCAUUGGCCAUCUGAUCUUGCUGGAAUAACAUUCACAUGCAGUAAUUGCAGUAGCGAAAUGCCCACAGAACUCGAUGCAGUUGCUCAUGUCAUGUCAGAAAAUCAUCUUUCAAAGACCAAGCUUGAUUUACUGCAGUUAUCGACUGAUGAUCUGGAAAGAGAAUUUUGUACGCUGAGUCAGAGUACUAGCGCGGAGAGUGUUGCCGAGAAUCAGGAAGACGAAGCAGCAUUCAGGAAGAAAAGAGUGAAAGUGAAGCAAAGACUGGCCGCGAGAAACAAGAAAAUUGCUGAGUUGAAUGAAACGCCACCAUCUCCCGGCCGUCAUCCCAAAUGCCUUCGGGAUUUAAUGAAUAUCAUUGCAAAAUGUCAGAAGCCAGGCAGGCUUGAUGAUUCAACCUUGCAGAUGCUGGAUAGGUCCUUGAGUGAGGUCUCAAGGGAGGCACAGUCACAAGAGUGGUACACGGCCAACGCAACUCAGUCGUCUAACGACUCUACACUACUCAGCGACCUGGUGAAUUUGUUGAUGAAGUGGACAACGACGGGAGCUAGUAUCCGACUGCUUAGAAAAUUAUCCACGCUUAUUUGCCGAUUUUGCUCUGCUCCAUCAUUCUGUCGAUCCAUUCUCUUCACCCAUAUAAUUGUGGACUUGAUUGAUAAUAUCAUUGCUCUUCUGAAGACUGAGUGCGACUCAGACCACUCAUUAUGUCUACUCGAUGUCCUGUUGGCGGCUAUCGGUUGUGCUAAGUCCUGUGCGACAGAAUGGAAAGUCCUCAAGGUGGAUGAGCAUGAGCUAGAAGUUCGCAUCAGCAUGUUAUCCAGGUGCUUAAUUGAUUGGUUUUGAAU